AUGUCUGACCGUGGGGUCCAGGUCGAAUGAUUGCUCGUCUCUGAGUGGCGUUGUGUUUCCACGUACCGACAAGCAAAUCUGACUUUAGGCAAGAAACCAUGCGGUCAGGGCAGUCAAUCAGGGCAAUCAGGGCAAUCCAGAUGGUGGCUUUGGGAUGGAGGGCGGAUCGACCACUUCGCUGUUCAUUGUUCAUCAUUUAUCAUCUUAGCUUAGGGAUUGCUAGUCUAAAGAUUAGCGUUGAGGUAUUCUGCAGUCAUCGAGGCUUUGCUGUCUAUGCCGAUUGCGGUCUUCCUAUUCUUAUCCAGAGUUGUUGUACAGACCUGAGGACAGAAAGGCUACUAGGCGCAUGAUCCAUUCUCUUAACGUGAAUCUGUACCGAGUGAAUCCCCACCGAAACGGGACCAUUCACGUCCAUUCAUGCCUCACGGGAUGCCAUAAUGCCAGCCUAGGCUCUCGAGAGUCAAUCAAUCACCCACAUCCUGACCUAGGCGGACUUGG